AUGAGCCGAAAAAUGAGGAGGUUCGGCGGGAGUAGGAGAUCGGGGAACAGCAGGAAGGGGGGGCGGAAAGUGUUGCCCGCGAAGAUCGCCGCGUUGGUCGUCUCGGCUAUACAGGAUCUCCGGGAGACGAAGGGGUCGACGCCUAGCAAAAUUAUCGGUUAUAUCAGUUACGUGUCCGAGAUGAACGAUGAUAAGGUUAAACGACAAGUGAAGGCGGUCCUGAAAAGGGGAUUGGAGUACGGGAUACUGAGAAAGUACAGAAGGCAGUAUUAUCUUCCCACGAGCAACGAGUUGAACCGCGCUAACCGCAUCGCGUUGAGAUUCGCCAAAUUACCUUUGCCCACCACGUAUCUGACGAGCCUCUACUCGUUGAGAAGCAAACGAAGAAACCCGAGGAAACCCGGCGUGAAAUCGUCGCCCCCCCGAAAGACGAAACAGCUCGACGAGCCCACGUUGAUCUCGCCCACCGUCAGCCUUGCGAAUACAAUUUGCAACGACGACUUGUGA